AUGGCACCUGUAAUCUUUCUUCCGCAUCCACUUCACUUGUCACCGUACGGGAGCGCUUUACAAGAAAAACCUUCGAACUUAGUAUUACAACAAUCCCAUCAACAAUACUUUAAACGUUCCAUCUCAAACCUCCUAUACUCCCACUCCAUGACAAAUACGGAAGACGGUGUUCCUCUGAGAGACACCAGUAACAAGCCUUUUACAACAGAGACCAAGUGUGUUAAAGCAAAGUCACUAAGUAUUUCUCCAUGGACAAAAUAUAAAAGCGCAGCUUCACCCUCGCGACGUCAGCAAGCUGAUAAGUCAUCCAGUUCAUUUGAGGAAAUAUUAGAUACAACUCAUAAAACUGAAAGAGAAGUUAGAGCUUCACUAUCAAAGCUCAGACGAAUGAUCCUCACCGAGGGCUUACCUGAGGAG